GUCGGUCUUAUAAAAGAGACCGGCAGACCUUUUUCCCUACACUUCCCUUCUACACUUGAGAAAGCCGAGAGCUGAAGCCUCCAUCCCGUCAUGGCUAUGAGAUUUGUGGUGUCGUUAGCGGUUUUGACCGUUGUUAUGGCCGACAAGCGGCCCCAUUCCAGUUCCCACGUAUCCUACGGGCAUCCCACUUCCUACCAUCCUCAGCCAUCCUACCAUCCUCAGCCUUCGUAUCACAAGACUUCGUACCAAGAGCCUGCCGUGCCCGCAUGUGCAGAGAACACCACCAAGACCUGGUGUUUAGAAGACGACGAAUACCCAACUUACGAAAUCAAACACGCCAUCGACUACCACUUCUCUAAGGUCAUCGACCUUUACGCGGACGUGGCUGACCUCAACACCGAGCUCUCCGUCGAAAGACCCAAGACCCUGGAGGAAGAGACCUACCUCUGUCCCUCCGAGACCGCCUACGUCAGGCCCCUCCGCGCCCAGAACACCGACGGCAAGUGGAGGGUCAUCGUCAACAACAUCGAAACCCAUUACAAGACUUUCACGCAGACCACUCGCGUCGAGGAAUGCCUGACCUCCGGUGAAACCUGCCCCUUGGUGCCCGAGUGCUACGACUCCAAGUGCCUGCAGAAGUCCAUCUACCACCGCUUCCUCGUGUACGACCCCUACGACAAGUACUUCCCCUUCGCCAUCGAGACCUUCAAGCUGCCCGCAAGCUGCGCCUGCCUCUUGGGUGCAUUCACCAUCGACCACUAGAGGCAGCGAGUGCAUCGCAAUCUCGUCAGCCAUUAAUCAAGUUUAUUUUUUUUAUUUUAUAUUCGGUACUCUAACCGCCGUCCAUCCCAGCACCUCUAUUGACAUCAGAUUAUUAAGUCCUAAUUUUUGCCUUUCUUUUAUUAUUCUAAGAGCAAUAGUUUAGUAUUCUUAAAGCGAUAUUUGGGUCCGUCCCUUCAAUGGUGUCUUAUUGCCACUGAGCAGAGUCCCUGGCGUGAUAAAAGUUACAUUACAACACGUGAAAGAAAGCAGUUCUCUAGUCAUCUCACUGUGAUAAUUCAUUUUUGUCAUGUUUUUUAUUCCUUUAAAUACACCUGUAUACCCCCUCCAUUCAGCUCUCUCAUCUCAAUGUGUAAUAAAUAUUUUUUUACUAAAUGAAA